AUGACAAUCGCGAAUAGUCCUGGGGUCAAUGGAGUGAAUCCAGUUAUUUCACCGACUGCUGAAGUCAUAAAGCAGAGAAAGAAGCCUAGGGUUGAAAAGAAAAGUAAGCUUUCGCUCGACCAGGUACGAAAGAAUCAUGUUGUUUCUGAGCAGCGAAGACGGGAGCUCGUAAGAGGCAUUUACGAUGACUUGGUAGGGAUAGUUCCUGGUUUAGAAAAAAGCGAACGAAGGUCUGAGUUUCUUAUAUAUGUUAAGACAAUGAACCAUCUAAGUUGGCUAUACAAGAGGAAUUCGUACCUCCGAGCAAAGCUUUAUGAGAAAUAUGAGUCUCAGGGUAGAUCAAACGUAGCCAUACCGAAUUGGCUAGUAUGGGACUUGCCGCAGUCAUUAGCUCAUGACAACCAAAAGCCAAGCCCAUCUCCGUCAUCUAAGUGA